AUGCAGCUUGUUUUCGUUGUUUCCACUGGAGAGGCUUGGGGCUACCUUGGUAGCAGGAGGUUUUUGUUUGAACUUGAUCUGCAGUCUGAUGCUGUUAGUGGCAUUAACUACUCAUUGAUUGAGAAGGUAUACUGUGCUCUUGCAAUGAUUGAAGUCAUCUACUGUAAUCUCAAAGGUUUCUUACAGUAA